AUGUCAAUUCCGCUCCUUGGCAGAUUAAAUAUCUUUGACUGGCCCUUCAUCAUCAUUUCAUUUACACUCGCAUGGUUUGAAUUUUUGGUGUCUGUAAUUACCACCCUACUUCCAUGGCAAUUCAUCAACGCUUGUACUACAGUGGUGAAGCAAUUUUUCCGCUUCACUUCAAACCCCAUUGUCUUAAUAACGCAACUGAGACCAAGAGCAAAUAGCAUUGAAAAUGAAGAGAGGUUCCAUUACUUGAAAGAAGCAGACAUAACGAAAUCAAAUGUUAGUAAGCAAAGCUAUGACUUGACUAUUGAAAUGUUGAAUGCUGAAACUAUUCAUGACAUGGUUAGCUUAUUCGGUUAUGAAAUUGAAAGCAGAAUCGUCACUACAAAAGAUGGAUACUUGUUGAACUUGCACAGGCUCGGAGGCGGGUCCGCAAGAAGAGUACCUAAUGGAAGGGUUGUUUACCUCCAUCAUGGAUUGUUGAUGUGCAGUGAAGUGUGGGUCACUAUGAUUGAAAAAUACCAAAAUCUUCCUUUUGUUUUGUACGAUUUAGGUUACGAUGUUUGGAUGGGCAACAACAGGGGUAACAAGUACAGUCAGAAGCAUUUAGUUCACGAUGUUCAUUCUGUUGAAUUUUGGAAUUUUUCCAUCGACGAAUUUGCAUUGUUUGACAUCCCCAACCUGAUUGAUUACAUCUUGAGCGAUACCGGAAAGGAAAAAUUGACAUACAUUGGAUUCAGUCAAGGGAGUGCCCAAGCGUUUGCUAGUGUAUCAGUAAACUCGGAUUUGAACAACAAAAUUGAUCAACUCAUUGCAAUCUCACCAGCAACUACUCCCCAUGGACUUUAUUCAAAGUUUCUUGACAUCUUGCUCAAGUCUUCGCCCAAUGUUACCUACUUGUUAUUCAGUCGAAAAGUUCUUAUGCCAUCUUGUAUAUUUUGGCAAAAAAUCAUGUACCCUCCAUUAUUUGACAAAGUGAUUGAUAUUUCAAACUACUUGUUGUUCAAUUGGAGGUCGCUUAAUAUCUCAAAGCUUCAAAAAUUGAGUAGCUAUGCUCACUUGUAUUCAACUACUAGUGUCAAAUGUGUUGUGCAUUGGUUCCAAGUCAUGAGCUCCAAAAAUUUUCAAAUGUAUUUUGAUACCACGACGUCAUCUUCAUUAUCAGGGUUGCACCCAGUCAGCUACCCUUUGAAAAAUAUCCAAAUACCUGUUCACUUGAUUUAUGGAACCAUUGACUCGUUAGUUGACAUUGAGGUAAUGAAGUCACAGUUGCCAAAAAGGGCCACAACCACCUACGCUGUUGACAACCAUGAGCAUUUAGAUAACUUGUGGGGCGUGGAUGUAUUUGAGUCGGUAUUCAAAAGAGUCUUACAAUACUUGGGUGAGGAUAUAGACGAUGUUUACUCGAGGUUGUUCAGAACUAACGACGGAGUAAAACUAAUUGAGGAUAUACUCCGUGCUGAUAAUGAACCAAGUGGCCUCGCUAUUGAUACCAAUCUGAUUCAAGUUGACAAUACUAGCUUUAACAACAUUGGUGACAAGAAAAGCGAUCAUGAUUAUGAGUUUGACGUGACUCAGAUUUCUAAUGUAUCAGCAUCAGGUCAAUUUUCAAGCCUGACCUCGUCUCAAGGAGGCAAGUUGUCUUAUUUGAAAUUAGCCAACAAUAGGAGGAAAUCUAGUGCUCAAGGAAGUGACGAAAAGACGCAGAGUGUGGAUAGCACUAAUACAGCUGACUUCAAAACACCUCAAUCGGUCGGAUCCACUUCUGUAUUUAUUUAG